AUAUCAAUGACAAUGACGGAGUCAGCCUUAUCGGAUAUCAGUAUUUACCUCGACUCAAACUACCAUGGCGGCAGUAGCACGGUCACUCGGCACCUGCAUAUUUUGCAAGAUCAUCAAGGGCGACAUCCCAAGUUUUAAGGUCAUCGAGACGGACCUUUCUUAUUCAUUCCUUGAUAUUGGUCCCCUCUCCAAGGGCCAUGCCCUGAUUAUCCCUAAAGACCACGCGGCAAAGCUCCACGAGCUCCCAGAUGAAUACCUCGCGGAUGUGAUGCCCAUCGCAAAGAAGAUCGCCACAGCACAAGGGCUCGAGAAUUACAACAUCCUUCAGAAUAACGGCCGCAUCGCACAUCAGGUCGUCGACCAUGUACACUUCCACGUCAUUCCAAAGCCUGAUGCGUCAGACGAAGAGGGGCUCGUUAUCGGGUGGCCCGCGAAGUCCGAUUACGUAGAUGAGGUGAAGAAGUAUCACCAGGAACUCCUUGGAAAGUUGUAAAGCGCGUCUGUGGUGCACCCGAGUUGGCGAUAAACAAUGACGAAAUUGGAAGGAAAGCUGAUAACUAAAUUCGCAAUUAAAUUGCGUUCUGAGUCUCCACCUGAUCUUACGACAAUUCUCGACGAGGGGUCAUUGGUGGGUGUAAUAACGAUCCUUAAGCGCCAUCCAGGUUGUACACGAUGUCACAGAUGGCUCUCGUCAUCUCUACAUUCUCCACAUUAUAUAAGCACGAAUAACCAGCGG